AUGGCGCAGUCAAAGAGAGAGGGCUUGAUGUCAUACAAGCAAUUCAUACAGGAGCUUGAAGACGAUGUACUGCCAGCUGAAGCUGAGCGCAGAUAUCAAGAAUACAAGUCGGAGUAUAUUUCAACUCAAAAACGAGCUUUUUUUGAUGCUCAUAAAGAUGAGGAUUGGUUGAAGGACAAAUAUCACCCGACGAAUCUACUCACUGUAAUAGAAAGGAGGAAUGAACUUGCAAGAAAGGCUGCAAAGGAUUUUUUGGUUGAUCUGAAAAGUGGAACGUUGGACUUAGGCCCUGGCGUCAAUGCCUCAUCGUCAAAUAAAUCAGGACAGACUAGUGCUCCAAAUUCUGAGGAUGAAGUAGACCUAGGUGGCAAAAGAAGACGACAUGGUAGGGGGUUAGCUAAAGAAACUGAUCUUUCAGCAGGUCCUAAGGCCCACUCAGUCAGUUCUGAACCCAGACGAAUCCAAGUUGACAUUGAACAAGCGCAGGCUCUUGUACGUAAACUUGAUAUUGAAAAAGGGAUCGAGGAAAAUAUUUUAUGUGGUUCUGAUAAUGACAUAGUGAAUAGAGAGAAAUCUCAUGGUGGCUCCACUGGUCCAGUAAUUAUUAUACGUUGUUUAACCUCUGUCAAGGGCUUGGAGGGAAUUGAGCUCCUAGAUACGCUUAUAUCUUAUCUCUGGCGAAUCCAUGGCUUAGAUUAUUAUGGAAUGGUUGAGACAAGUGAAGCUAAGGGUUUCCGCCAUGUGAGAGCGGAGGGGAAGAGUUCUGACAUAACUAUUGAUGGGGCUGAGUGGGAAAAGAAACUUGAUUCAUGUUGGCAAGAAAGGAUGAGGGGUCAAGACCCCUUGGAAGUAAUGACUGCUAAGGAAAAGAUAGACAGUGCUGCUGUUGAAGUUUUAGAUCCUAAUGUUCGGAAGAUUAGGGACGAAAAGUAUGGGUGGAAGUAUGGUUGUGGAGCCAAGGGUUGCACAAAGCUGUUUCAUGCUGCUGAGUUUGUGUACAAGCAUCUUAAACUGAAACACCCUGACCUUAUAAUGGAAGUGACCUCCAAAGUGCGUGAAGAGCUGUAUUUUCGAAAUUACAUGAAUGAUGCAGAUGCACCUGGUGGAACACCUGUUAUGCAGCAAUCCAUGAAGAAGGACAGGCCACUGAGACGUCGACUAGGUCCAGAUAAUCGAUUGAAAGAUGAACGUGGCAAUCGUAGAGAACGUGAUAAUCGAGCUAAUGGUAGUGAAAAAUAUGAUAGGUCCGAAAACCCACAGUCAAGUGAUUUCCAAUCCAACAAUGAUGGAUCAGAUGGAGGAAAUCUUGAUGAACCAAUGUAUGAAACUUUUGGCGGACAGGGAAUGCGUGUUGCUCCUUUUCCCUCUGAUAUAGCCCCUCCGCCAGUAUUGAUGCCUGUUCCUGGUGCUGGUCCAUUAGGGCCUUUUGUUCCUGCUCCACCUGAAGUGGCAAUGCGGAUGUUGCGUGAGCAGGGUGGUCCUCCCCCUUUUGAAGGUGGUGGUAGAAAUGGGCGGGCUGGUUCACAGUUAACUGGGCCAGGUCCUAUUCUUUCUUUUUCUCCGGGUUUUAGGCAAGAUCCUCGACGUCUACGCAGUUAUCAAGACCUAGAUGCGCCAGACGAUGAGGUCACUGUGAUAGACUACAGGAGCUUGUAGGCAUCUAUGUUUGUAUGAUGAUAGAGCUGCGCAACAUUCAAGUU